AUGCUUCGAUCGCUUUUGCCCAGCGUACGAUCUGUACGACUAUUAUCCAGUGAUGCAGUCGCCUCAUCCAGUAUCAUGGAGGAAAAACCGAUCAAAAAGAUCGGACGGGCAUUAGAGACGUACAUAAGACUGAGUAAGGAGCACGUUUCGAUGAUGGCAAAAGAAAGAGCCGACUUUGAACUUGGAAAGAGACAUUUGGCAAAUAUGAUGAAUUUGGAUCCUCAUGCAAUGACACAGGAUGAUAUUGACAAAGCGAUAGCGUAUUUGUUCCCUUCCGGACUGUUCGACCUGAAAGCUCGCCCAGUUAUGCGACCACCUGACGAGAUAUUGCCAAAGUUCCAUCGUUUUUCGUUCGAUGAUGAAGGUCGACCUAUGGAUAGUCGUUUCUUUACUCUUCAUCCAGUUUUCUAUGGACUGUUGUCGGAAAUUGGUAUCAAAACGAAAGCAAUUACUUCAUUCUAUAAUGACCAUCUAUUGUUGGGCCGAAAGGGUGCUGAACUGGAGCCUUUAAAUGUAAGUGGAUCUCAAUGGCUCGGUAGAGAGAAACUUGAGAAGAAACUGGGUGAGAAGAUCAGCGAAGAGAUGUAUACUCAGUUAUUGAUGGCUUUCGAUUAUCUAGUCAGUCUUCCUUCGUCAUCAGUUGAGGAAAAAUUCAUUAUGGAAUACAGGGAACCGCUUGCGGCUUCCACUGAAUCCAGACUUUUUGGGCCAGAUAUUCCUGAAGUGAUGGUUGAUCCAGUGACUCAGAGAAGAUACACAUUUGUGAAGACUCGUUGUAAGGACACGAAAACUGAGGUGCAGGUCUUUGAUGCCGGUACAGGAGAAUUUGAUAUUGAUGGACAUGAUCUAUCCACUUUCCGCCAUCUUAUAUCCAGAGAGAUUCUGUUGGCGCCAAUGAUUGUUGCUGGGCUUCUCGGUAAAGUGGACGUUAAAGCAACCUCUACAGGAUCCGGUGGUAUCACUGCACUGCCACGUGCGGUUAGACAUGGAACUGCGCUUGGAAUAGCUGCACUUUAUCCAAAAACUAUGGAACCAUUACGAUUAGCUGGCCUAUUAACGGCAGAUCCUCGAAAGAAAGAACGCAGUAAGGUGAAUCAACCUGGUGCACGAGCUAAAUGGAUUUGGAAACGUCGUUGA